AUGACCUGCAGCUUCGCUGCAGAAAAUGGUCAUUUGGAUGUCUUGAAAUAUGCCCAUGAAAAUGGCUGUAAAUGGAAUGUUGACACAUGCAUCAAUGCAGCUGAAAAUGGGCAUUUGGAAUGCCUCAAAUAUGCACAUGAGAAUGGCUGUCCAUGGAACAAGACAACAUGCUCAUUUGCUGCCAAAAAUGGGCAUUUGGAAUGCCUCCAAUAUGCCCAUGAAAAUGGCUGUCCAUGGGAUGAUGGUACAUGCACUGCUGCUGCUGGGAAUGGACAUUUAGAGGUCCUGAAAUAUGCUCACCAAAACGGCUGCCCCUGGGGCUCUGACACAUGUUCAGAGGCUGCUGCAUCUGGGCAUUUGGAAGUCCUGAAAUAUGCACAUAAACACGGCUGCCCAUGGAAUGGUCAAACAUGUGCUCUUGCUGCUGGGGCUGACGAUGCUUUCCUUGAGGAGGACCUUCAGCCAUGGGAGGAGGCCAAAAUCAAGCCUACCCACAUUCCCCAUCGCUUGGACGUGCUCAAGUAUCUGCACACAAAUGGGUGUCCUUGGAACAAAGAAACCUGUUGUGGGGCUGCGCAUAUUGGCAACUUGGAUGUCCUGAAAUAUGCCCACGACAAUGGCUGUCCAUGGGACAAAGAGGCAUGUGCUAGUGCUGCAAGACGAAACCAUUUGGAUGUGUUGAAGUAUCUACAUGAUAAUGGCUGCCCUUGGGAUGCUGGUACAUGCAGGCAGGCUGCUAGGUGUGGCCAUUUGGAAAUCCUGAAAUAUGCUCAUGAACAUGGCUGUCCUUGGGAUGAAGGAACAUGUCAGGCGGCCGCUUUAUGGGAUAACUUGGAUGUCCUGAAAUAUGCCCGUGAGAAAGGUUGCCCAUGGGAUGAAGAGACCCAGGCGAUAGCAGGUGAACAGGGAUAUGUAGAACAAAGGAGGCGAGGAGACUCGGAGGGUAGCUAUUGA